GAGAUGUCAGAAAAUGGAGACGAUUCACUUUUAUUGUCCGAAAGUACUUUCAAAUUUGCAUCAAACAAGUUCAGAGAAGAAAGAUGAAUCAAUAAUGAAGAAGAUAGAAAAGUGAAGGAAAAUGAGAGGAGGUUAUGGAAAAUGAGAGAAAGUGAGGGGGAAAAUGGAGAGGUGGAUUUAUACAGUAAUUGCUUCCGGUCGUCAAGGCAAUCCUUCUUGAACCAAAAACUAUACUAGCUUCAAAUACGUAGGAUUUUUCUUUGUUUCAAGCUUUCUGAUGUUACUACUGAAGAUCUCUUGAAGUGUAACUGAACCUGGAAAGUGACAAGAGCUUGUUCCCUGUUCAGUAUUUUAGGCAAAUUCAUCUUUUUCGGCAUCUCACCAUGGUUACUGACCUUACCUGUGGGCAAAGUUUGUAACUUGUUACAUAUUUGAUGGGUUGUUCAUGUGCAUCUUUCAUCUAUUUUUCAUGGCAUUGGGGUUAAUCCCAAUCAAGUCAAUAUAAAUGGAGAGGAACCUGAACAAUAUUGGAAUGGAAAAACCAGACAUGCAUAAACAACUUCAACAUGGUUCCAGGGAACCUGGACAUGAGGGAUUGCCGCCUGCAUCUCAAGUAUUUAUGCGAGACCCUACAAGCAGCAGAAAUACUAAUGUGAGAGUUCCUGACCUAAAUGUACCAGAAGUUAAGCCUGUACUUAAUUAUUCCAUACAGACAGGUGAGGAGUUCGCUCUUGAGUUUAUGCGUGAUCGAGUUAAUCAUAAGAUUCCUCUCAUCCCAAAUACUGUAGGUGAUCCCAAUUAUGCAACGGGUUAUAUGGAACUAAAAGGGAUUUUAGGAAUCAGUCAUACUGGGUCUGAAAGUGGGUCUGAUAUAUCAAUGCUAACAAUAGUGGAGAAAGGUCCAAAAGAAUUUGAAAGGACAAACUCAUUGUUGCACGAGGAGAGAAGCAACUAUGGGUCAGUUCAGUCAGUACCACGAACUUCAUCCGGUUAUGGAAGUCGAGGACCUGUACUUGGUUAUACCUCCUCAGGAACCUCUGAUAGCUUGUCUGGAAGGAUGAAAGUUCUUUGCAGCUUUGGUGGUAAGAUCCUACCUCGUCCUAGCGAUGGAAAGCUCAGGUAUGUUGGAGGUCAAACACGCAUUAUACGCAUAAGUAAGGACAUUUCGUGGCGGGAGCUGAAGCAGAAAACCUUAGCGAUUUAUGAUCAGGUUAAUGUGAUAAAAUAUCAGCUACCUGGAGAGGAUCUUGAUGCUCUGGUUUCUGUUUCAAGUGAUGAGGAUCUUCUGAAUAUGAUGGAGGAAUGGAAUGAAGUUGAAGAUAGAGAAGGAUCACAGAAGCUCAGGAUGUUUUUAUUCUCCAUGAGUGAUUUAGAUGAAGCACAGUUUGGCCUGGACAGUGUGGAGGGUGAUUCUGAAGUUCAGUAUGUGGUUGCUGUUAAUGGUAUGGACUUUGGAUCCAGAAGGAACUCGACCUUGCAUGGUUUGGCAAGUUCUUCAGGAAAUAAUUUAGAUGAGUUAGAUAGAAUAAAUACCGACAGAGAGACUGCUAGAGUGGCAACUGUCUCUGUUGGAGUCAGCACUUUGCCAUUGAUUGCUCAACCAAUUCUUCAAAGUUCCUAUAGUGCCUAUGAAACUCAUCCACAGGUUUAUCAUGGCCAGGUGAUAGAUCAUGGACAAAAUCAGCACUUACUGCCACAUAAUCAAAACAGGUCUUCUGAUUACUUCCCUGUUGCAGAAACUCCUCAUUCAAUCCCUGGACAUAUAAAUCAACAAGGAGGUUUGAAUGAAGGACAGACAAGUACUAGCUUUCAGCAGGUGCAUAAUUCUCAGACACUAAUAAAGGAGGAGAAGACAAAAGCUGAUGGUUCAGUUCAGCAAGACAUUGAUCCCGGAAAAACUCAUCCCAUUGGAAAUGUUUACCCUGUUCCGAUCGAUGAAGCACAGCUGGAUCUUCAUUCCCUGCCCUCAAAAAAUGAGGGAAAUUGCCAAGAAUCUGUAAAGGUCUCUUCUUCUGUUGAUGCUGUGAAUCCAGUUCAGGUUCCUAAAUCUUGUGAAGACGAUCAAUGUUCCACAGCUGAUGAUAUGUUUGGUCCAGGCAAUGCUGAUUCAGUGUCCAAUCUCAUUGACUUGAACUACCCUGAACCAUCAGUGCCUACUCAGAGAGUUUAUUAUUCGGAACGAAUACCACGGGACCAAGCAGAGUUUCUGAAUAGGUUAUCGAAGUCUGAUGACUCUCUUGGUUCUCAGUUGCUUAGUUCAAUUGCAGAAUCUGUUGAAAAGUUGCAUCAAAGUAAUUUGGCUCCCCAAAUGGAGCAUUCCGUGUCAACUUCAAAACCACCGUAUGCAGAUACUCAAACCGUCAAUGAUGGACUUGCCCAACUUCAGAAGUAUAAGGAGUUUGCUGAUGCAGUUUCUCAGAUGAAUAAAAAUCUCUCUGAUUCUGAAGAUGUAGAUAGCGGGUUACAGCAGGCAAUUCCAAGUAACUUAGAUGGUAAAGAUUCUGUUGACCAGGAUGAAGUUCUUAAGACCAACCGUGACACGGGUUAUAACAGGAAAGCCCAGGCUGAGGAAACGGGAGAAGUUGGAUCUGGACAUCUUGCUGUGCACCAAGUAACCGCUGCUGUGCCUGAUCCUGCUUCAAAACCUUCAGACCCUAAACGGGUUGAGAUAACUGGCAAGGAUCUCCCUAAUCAUAAUAAUGGAAUACCUUCUGUUGGUGUUCUGGCCACAAAGCAGGCAGACAUCAGUAUAGAUAUUAAUGACAGAUUUCCUCAAGAUUUCCUUUCUGAAAUUUUCACCAGAGGAGUACUUGCUGAGGACACAUCUGCUGUUAACCCAAUACAGAAAGAUGGACCUGGCGUGAGUGUAAACAUGGAAAAUCAUGAGCCUAAGCACUGGUCAUAUUUUCAGAAGUUGGCACAGGAAGGGUUUGUUCAAAAAGAUGUUUCUCUUAUUGACCAGGAUCGUCUUGGUACUCCUCCUGCACUUGCAAAAAUUGAAGAAGGAGAUCAGAACUCUUAUCAUUUUGCACCUUUGACAACUGAUGGGAUAUCAAUGACCCAUGAGUAUUCCCAACUUGAUUUUGGUGAAGACAUUAAGAAAAAUUUACCAGGAAUGAUAGGAGCCGACUCAGUAAUGCUUUCUGAUUUUGAUCCUUCUCAAGUACAGGAUAGUGAAAGUAUGCAGUUUGAUGCUAUGAUGGAGAACCUAAAAUCGCCUGAGUCAUGCUUUGAGGGUGCAAAUAUCGAAAAUAGGAAUGUUGGCCUACCUCCGCUUGAUCCAUCUCUGGUAGAUAUCGACAUCAAUGCUCUGCAGAUCAUAAAAAAUGAUGACCUUGAAGAGCUGAGAGAACUGGGCUCUGGUACUUUUGGGACUGUGUAUCAUGGAAAAUGGAGGGGAUCAGAUGUUGCCAUUAAGAGGCUGAAGAAGAUCUGUUUCACUGGUCGGUCAUCAGAGCAGGAGAGAUUGACAUUAGAGUUUUGGCGGGAAGCUGAAAUCCUUUCAAAGCUUCAUCAUCCAAAUGUGGUGGCAUUUUAUGGAGUGGUGCAAGAUGGACCUGGAGGGACAUUAGCUACUGUGACAGAGUACAUGGUUGAUGGUUCUCUUAGACAUGUCUUACUAAAGAAGGACAAGUAUCUAGAUCGUCGGAAGCGACUUCUGAUAGCUAUGGAUGCUGCAUUUGGAAUGGAGUAUUUGCACUCGAAGAAUAUUGUGCAUUUUGAUUUGAAAUGUGACAACUUGCUUGUCAACUUGAAAGAUCCCCAGCGACCAAUCUGCAAGGUUGGUGAUUUUGGCCUGUCGAAAAUUAAACGAAACACCCUGGUUUCUGGUGGUGUGCGGGGAACUCUACCGUGGAUGGCUCCGGAGCUGCUAAAUGGGAGCAGCAAUAAGGUGUCAGAAAAAGUUGAUGUGUUCUCCUUUGGAAUUGUCUUGUGGGAGAUCCUCACAGGUGAUGAGCCGUAUGCCAACAUGCACUAUGGUGCCAUCAUAGGAGGAAUUGUAAAUAAUACAUUGAGGCCAACCAUUCCAAGCUUCUGCGAUCCAGAAUGGAAAAGGCUGAUGGAGCAGUGUUGGGCGCCUAAUCCUGCAGUGAGGCCAUCCUUCUCCGAAAUUGCUGGUCGAUUGCGAGUAAUGUCUACAGCUGCUGGCCAAACCAAAGGACACGGUAACAAAAUAUCCAAGUAAAGCGAUGCAGGACGGGAAGCAUAGCAGCGGUUAUACGAUUACUUUAUUUCAGAAAAGAAAUUAAAACAAAGAUUUUUAUUUCUUUACUUUUUUUUUUUUUUUUCUGAUAAAAUUAGGUUUACAGAUUUUUAAAUGGAUUUUUAUUAUUGGGUGAAAAAAAAAAUCCAAAAUCUUAAAGGAUUAUGUUUUUCUCAUUGUCUUCUCAUUAUAAUAUUAUUAGGUUCAUGGUUUAUUA